CCUGGCUAAUAACUAGACUGUAACCAGGGUUCUGCUACAUGACAUUACUGGUCCUUCCACUCCUAGGCCUGCAAACAAUAUCAAAUGUCAGUCCGGAGAUCCACACGUAUAUAAAUAUGUGCUCAAUGAUCUGUGAACGCAUUUUCCCAGCAGGAACGUCCAACUAGGCACCACCCAUCCCUGGAGGACGCUGCGCCUGCGCGCUGACUUGAGAAAGGCUUGUGUCUCUCCAGUCUGAUGACGUCAUUGCUUCAGCGAGGCGCGCGGCAUGCUGGGGAAUGUAGUUCUUGCCACUGUUAUUUCCGGGAUUUGCGGUGGGGAAAUAGCCUGAAGCUGGUCUGGGAGUUUUGGGGCGGCCCCAGGGCCCCUGAAGCGGGGAGAUGGGGAAUUGCUUGUCCUCCCAGGCUGCGGAUGAUCUGUCUCUGCUCAACGACUCGGAUGGUGCCAGUCUGCCCGGGGAGCCCCCUCCGCCUUAUCAGGAGAGAGAGCCGGUCCCUGUUUAUCACCCGACCCCCAGUCAGACCCGCUUGGCCACUCAGUUGACAGAGGAAGAGCAGGUGUGGAUUGCGCAGAGGAUUGGCCUCAUCCACCAUCUCCCCAAGGGCAGAUACGACCCGGGCUCUGGACCCUCAGAGAAGAAGCUCAAAGAGUGUGUGAUCUGCAUGCUGGACUUUGUCAGCGGAGAUCCGGUGCGGUUCUUACCCUGCAUGCAUAUUUACCAUGUGGAAUGUAUAGACGACUGGCUGAUGAGAUCCUUUACUUGCCCAUCGUGCAUGGAACCAGUGGAUGCGGCUUUGCUUUCUUCCUAUGAGACUAACUAAGGGCUCGGGUGGAGCUGCGCGGGGUCUGACUGACUCCACAGAGACUGAGCUGAUGUAACAACAAGGGGGUUAUUUACUAAACUCCGAAUGCCAAAAACCUGAAAAAUUUGUGUUUUUUUAGUAGAAAAUCCGAAUUUUUCAGGAUUUAUUAAACCCCGAGGAUGGAAAAAGUCUAAAUCAAA